AGACAGCGCCAUGAGGACGUUUCCUUCACGGGGGAAUUCCCUCACAACUCGUCACCUAGAUGUACUCCAACGGGCUGGAACGUUGCGUUGAGUGAGUAUUUUCAGACGAUCCACGUCACCUGACGUGCUUCCCCCAUCGUUCGACACAGCUGAUCUCCUGCCACGGGUUCGCCGCCCCGACGGGCGUGUUGAUGGGCCGAGCGGCUCAGCAAGCCUUACAGAGAGCACUGAGCGCUGCGUGCCUUCUGCCCACCACAUCCACUGCACAGCCCCUCGAGGAGUACCGUAUCAGGCUUCAGGAGGCGGCCAACCUCAUUUGCACGGAGGAUUGCUGUGGAUUCGCCUUGGCAGAGAUCAAGUCCCUCAUGGAGGCUGGUGCCAGUCGGGUGGAUUUGCGGUCCACGCUCUACGUGGUGGACAUGGUCUUGAAACGGGCUGAAGUCUCUCAAGUGCGUUCGCGUGAUGACCCUUUGGCCGAUCAGAUGCGCCAAAGCUUCCUGCCAUACCUCAGCGACUGGCUGCGGCAGUAUUUGGCAGCCCCACGCAAGCAAUCUUCCCUGCAGAAACUCAGACACCUGGCACAGCGCUGGCGAGAGCAGGGCUAUUUGUCCGUGGAAGCCCUGGCACCGCUGCUGGAUCAGCUUCAGGGCGAUGGAAGCGACUCGCAGGGCGCGCUUCAGGACUCACAAUCUUCCCAAACCUCCGGGCCUGCGGGAGCCUUGCGACCAGGUGCUGAACAGCCGCCCACACGGGGAGAAGACAGCAGAACGUCGCUGAGCCGAACUUCGUUGGGCUCACGAGCUGCGAGUGUUCCAGCCGCUUCGGGCGAACGCCAUGCCGAGACCCCCGUGGCACGGAGGAAGAGUGCUUCAGGCCGUCAAAGUACCCAGCCAAAGCCGCUGGAUGCCCAAGCACGUGAGGAAGCUGCACGCCAAGGCUAUCGGCUCUUUGGGCCAGGCUCCAAGCGCCCACGCUCGCCGCGCUCGCCGCGCUCCUCGUCACCGCCGCCCUCGCGGCGUCUGGUGCUGCCCAGUGGCACCACGGAGACGACCGAGACCGGAGGAGAUGCAUCGCGUGCAUCCGCAUCGCCUGCCACCUCUCCCGGGGUCGCCGCGCAAAGCGCGCAAAGCGUGCAAAGCGCGCCAAGCCCAGCGGCCGCGGCGCCGCCCAUCUGGCCGGUGCUGGGAGACUGCCGUUGCCUCUUCCGCGCCGUGAUCCGUUCCAAAUACCUGGACCCCUGCAACCACUUGGACCGCGACCAGCGCGGCGAGCCAGUGGAGGAGCAGCACAAGACUCAGGAACGAGAGAAGGCCGAUGUGCUGCGGCUGCGGCUGUGCAAUCACCUGCGCGAGCGCAAGGAGGAAGUGCUAGCUUUGCUGGAGCAUCCCCUCAAGACGGUGGAUGAAUACAUUACCGGCCUCGAAGACUGGCGGACCUGGGGCGAUGAGAUUUGUCUGAAGUUUCUUCCAGAUCUCAUCCAGUGUCCAAUCCAAGUCUACUCUUGGAACAAUGAGCAACAAAACUUCUUCGACGCAGGGAUGUACCUUCCAGGCGACAAGGAGAAGCACAAAAAUGCCUGCAUUGUCUUGUGGUACAAUGGCAAGUCGCACUAUGACUUGGUCUCCACGCAGUGGCUGAGGGCAAGAGAGCAGGCCUUGAUCGAGGCCUUGACCUGACGGAUCCAAAUGGAUCUAUUUGGCCAACGGAUAGAUGGAAUCGUUCUCAGAAUGCCCGUGGCGUGUCGAACCUAAC